UAUAUAAAUGGAUUGGUGAUAAAAAUUUUCAAAAUAUUUAAAAAAUCUAGUAAAACAUGUGCCUAAAUGUUACGGUAACGAUAAUUAUAACAACUUGGACAUUCUUUGGAUGUCGGUACUGUAUAGAAUUUGAGAGAAAAAAAAUCUUAAUUAUUCUGUCUUACCCGUGUGAAUAAUUUGAAAAAAAAUCCCAAAACGUCAUGACCGUGACUAUUAAAAGUUUAUUAAAAUAACUCUUAUCGGGUACAUCAGAGGUUUUAAAACGUGCACGUUACAGUAUAUGUGAGAAAGUUUUAUUGUAUAAUAAUAAUCGUUAACCGUUUUUAUUUUAUUAUUCGAAACAAUGGUAGUAAACAGGAUGUUUUUUUCCUCUCAAAACCAACGAUUAAUAGUUGAGAUAUUAUCCGUCGACAGAGAAUGGUAACAACACAUUAUACGUAUAAGACCUCACAAAAAAAAAAAUUGAUUAUUCGUUUACCAGAAAAAUCUGAAAAUUCGAUCUUGAUCCAAAAAUCUGUUUUGGGUAGGUCCAGUACGCAUUUGGCAAAUGUCUUUGGUAAAAAAUAGGUAUGUUUAAACUUAAUAUGUAAAUCAAUGUAAACGUCACUCUAGAAAUGCCAAAAGAAUUCGAAAAAAAAAAUUCGACUAGGUGUUUCCUGUAACCUAUUUUACUUAACCUAAACAAAUAACCCACCUAACUCUGUUUAGGUAUGAUUAUAUUUUGUUGGUGAGAAAAAAAAUAACGUGUGCAUUGUACAAUAAUAAUAAUAAUUUAUUGUACUGUCCAUUGUGUUCAGAAACCGCCGAGUCUUGAACGAACAAACUAUAUUACACUAACAGCAUUGUUUUCUAGGUCGCUGCUUAGUAUAAAAUCCAAAAACCAAUUGAUAAUUUCAAAAAAAAAUACUAAAAUUGUCCGUAUUUGAGUUUGCAUCGCGUUCGUAUUAUGUGUGCGUGUUACAGAUAUUUAAAAAAAAAAAAAAAUUCUCUCUUGCCUCGGUACGUUGAAAAUGUUUUCAAUAAUCGUUUGCCCAUAAUUGUUUGAAUUGUAUGGGAAAAAAAAAGCGUUUCUAAAUAAUUGUACACAUUGUCUGCGUGGUGAAUACAUUGGUAUUAGGUAGGCAUGUGUCCACAAUAUAGCUGUUGCUGUUCAUUAUUACAAGUAGGUACUUAUAGCUAGUUUUUUUUUUUCAUCAUUGGGAUUUGGUUAUGAGCGAAAACGAUGCAUAACAAACUGCAUAUUAGUGUCUCUAAUCUCAAGGGCAUAAUGAUAAAUGUCCGAUAAAUUCUUAAGUAUGUAGUACUUACUACCGAAUGCAAUUAUAUUGUAUUGCUCGAAUGAUGAUGAACUUCUGUGCACAAGAGGUACCACACACAAAACGUCAUCGGUUCGCACACAAAAGCAUUGACACUUGUUCAAACAUUUGGUUUUUUGUAGCCGCCCAACAGAAACUUAAAGACGAACUUUGCAUGACUCCGGAACAACUUGAGAUUGUAUUUGACACGUUAGAUGUCGAACAGAAAGGAUACCUGACACUGGAUCAAUUUUUGGAAAGAUUCAAAGAUACACCGCCCGUGACCGUUCGAAAUAAACGGUGGAAAGAAAAGCCGGUUACAUUUAAAUUAUCUUUUUCGGACGAUAUCCAAACACUUCUCCUAAACAUUAAAGAGUUCAAUAUGCUUAAACUGAGCAUAGGGCACUUAGAAAACAUAUGCAAGGCCGUUCAAUCGGACACGGACAGUUCUGCUGGCAUAGGUCGCGUAGAAGCAUUUCUCAGGUCUCUGCAAAUGGACCUGACUAAAAUAGCAGAACAAAAUAAAGAACUGGAGGAACUGCUACAGAGUCGGGAAGUACAACAUCAGAAUAAUAUGCAGAAACUAUUCGAGGAACUGGAAUGCCAUUUUCGCGAAGAACAGGAAAAAACCAAAAUAGAGGACCAGCUCAAGUUUAAAAACGAACUGUCGUCUUUGGAAAGUGAAAUUUCCGAAAAAGAAGAACGACUUCGGGCGGCCAUUUACACACGACAGGAGUUUGCUAGCCAACUGGUGUCAGCUCAGAAACGCGAGCUGUCGAUACUCAACAGCAACGCGGAAUUGACCAAAAAACAGGAAUUGUUAGCCAACGAAUUGGACAAAGAGCGAGCUAAAAGCACCAAGUUCGAAGAGCUGUUGGCGCGAGCUAAAAUCGAAGCGGCCGUUUCCAAAGAAAAACAUUUCAAACAAGGGUUCUACGUGGCGAAGAAUUUAGUCUCCCUCAAAGAAGAAGGACUACUCCAUCAACUACAAAUUCUUCAAGAUAUGAAAAAUGUACUGCUGAGCUAAAACACCUUUGUGCUCUACUCUUCUUGAUGUUUUCUUAACGUGUUUAUUUGUUAAAUAUUUCACAAUAUAAAUUGUGUGUGUGUACCAUUGUUGUUG